AUGUGUGGAGCUCUACGUCCGGUGAAGUCCUGUGAAUCUUUGGCCUCUGAUACCGACACACUGGCUCCCUUAGCAGAGAAAGCCAGCGCGCCUCUAAAGCACCACACCAGGUCGUCGUCGUGCGACUCGUACUUCGAGCCGUGGCAGGCCGAGCUGGCGCACAUGCGGCUGCGGCUGUCCCCGCAGGAGCGCGACCGCCACAUGUUCAGCGAGGAGGACGCACAGUCGGGCCCGUGCAGCGCCAGCGCCAGCCCGCGCCGCCUGCGCGUCGACGUGCACGCGCCCGCCGACCUGGCGGACAGGCGGCGUGCAGCCAUGGAGGAGCAAGUGGCGCAGAUGGGGUACAUCGACGGCGAGUCGCCGCGCGCCAAGCCCGCGCCCGAGAAGCGCCACGGCGCGCCGCCGCCGCCCGACCCCGACCCCGCCAAGAGAUUGUGCAAGGACCGGGAUAGUCCGCAGUCGUCUCUCUCAGACUUCCACAACUCUCCUGGGAACGUGAAACUUAGAGAACGCAACUCACCGCGGAAAGUUAAAAACGCUUCGCGCUACAGCGGCCUCCAUCACCCGGUCGUUUCCGACCCGGAUAAAAACACCCGGCUGACGUGGCACGGUAAAGAUGGUCACUCCACCUUGAUUAAAAUAGACUGGCCCAUCGAGAAUUCGUCAGUCAGUAACUUGACAACUAGCACCAUAAAUUCUAGUCCACUCACUCCCGUCACGCCUGUAUACGACCCACUCGAAAGUGACUCUGAAGUCAGCGAGAACAAACACACGAUCAAAAUAAAAACCACCGGUUGCGAUAACUGCGACGAAGAGAAAUGUCUGAAGUGCGAACUGAAAGCGACAGACUAUGAAAACAUGAAAGUGAGCCACGAUUUCUCAGAAAGCAACUUGCACGAUAGCUUAGAAGCUAGUCCUGCACACUCGAUUGACAUCAGCUAUCAGAAUCUUAACAGGUUGUCAGCCGUUUCGACGUCUUCCAACUCCGAUCAGAAUUCGGAGAAAAAGAAAGAAAAUGAAUUGAUUAAAGUGAUGACGUCAUCUCACGAAAGUUCAUCAAGUUACUCCAAUGUGAGUUUAACGAAACAAGGGGACGAACUCUAUGAAUUUUUCAAUUUCACAAGGCCUAACUAUAUAAAUCUGCAGUCUUCGAGCACGUCCAAAAGUUCCCCCGGAUCGCCAUUAAGAAGUCCGUUAAAAUCCACUAUAAGCAUCACAUUUCGUUCACCUACUAAAUCAAAAACUUUAGACUACGAACCUAUAGACAAUAUUGAUACACCUACAAAUGAAAGGGAUUCGGUUUAUGAGGAUAUUGAUUUGGAAAAGAACUUGUCUAUAGUAGAAGAGGCGUCAGUACCUGAAACGGAUGCCAGUUUGCCCACGCAACAAGCUUGUCAGCCUAAAGACUUCAGUGAAGACUUAAUAAUACUCGAAACCCCCACUGAAACAACUGAAGUCGAUGAUAAUGUGGAUGUCUACAGUCAAGUUAAGUUCUUUAAGAAGAGCAUAGAAGAAGUCAAUGCUAUGAUACUAGAGUCACCUGAAAAAGAAAGACAUUAUGAAAACGUAUCAUUCAAGGAUACGAAUGAUAAGGAAUAUGAAAACAUUAACGUUGAUACUCUCAAAAUCUGUGAUAAAGUAGAUAUAAGUGAUGUAGAUGCAGAUAAAAAUGAUCAAGGAGAGGAAUCUGAAACAGUUGAACGCGAUAAUGGUAACGUAAUAAAUCCCGAAAUUGUGUCAAAGAAUCCCAAUGUCAGAGAACUGGCCAUACGCUUCGAAAGUCCUACCGAGCAGAAAGGUCCUUUCACGUUUGAGAAAUUUAAAACUGAAAAUAAAUAUCCAACAUUAGAAAGAAAAGAAGGAGACAAAAAAAUUGAAUCCAGAAAAAAGGACGUCACUGUAAAAUUACCUCCACCAGUAUCCCCACAAACGUACAAACUUUCGAAAAAUUCAGCGCGAUCGUUAGACGAAAAUGCGUUCAUUAAGGAAUUUGGUAACGAAACUAAUGAUAGGCGUAAAAGUUUAGAAGUUAAAGAUGCAAAUAAGCAGACAAAAAACCUCCCUGAUCUGAAUCUUAACACGGAAGAACAAGACACAAAGGUCGAUAGUAUAACACCAACGACAGAAAACAAAAUAUCACUGGUGCAAAGGUUCGAAAUCAAGAAACCAGAUUUGAAAAAUCUUAUAGGUAUAGAGACCGAGAAAAAAUUAAGUCGCGAAAGGAUAGAGAAAUAUAAAGAGGAACGCAGAAACUUUUUGCGUGAAAAGUACAGUUCUCAGUCCUUCAGAAGUAGCCCGGAGCAGUUGACACGGAUAAAAAUUAAGAAAGAUUCAGAAGAUAGAACGGAAAUUUGCGACAGACUGCAAGAAGAUUUACCGAAAUUCGAGCGCCGAAACACAGUGGACUUGGGCCAAAGGAUGAGAUUUUCGCUAGCGAGAAGCGCCAACAACUUGGAUACAAUUCCGUCACCUACUAGUCCCGUUCAAGACCUGGAUUGUUCCUCAAAUGUAGAAUUUAUCAGAAGAAGCGAAGACAGUAAAAGGGACAGCAUACGUCGAGAUGAAAGGAAGGAAAAAGUUUCACCUUCGUACAACAUACGCGACAUGGCCGCCAUGUUCGAGCAGAAGUCACAGAACAGCAACGGUUGA